UGUGACCUUGUUAUGAUGACUAUUAAGAAAUUGAAAGGGCCACCCAGAAGUACAUGUUUAUUUCAAAGAUGUUCAAACGAUGUAGGAAAAGCUUGCAUUGGUCCAAAGGGUUCAUAUUGUGUGAUGGUGAACAAAAAGGAGAUGAUUGUAAAGAAUUUGCCAAAAAACAAGCCUGUAAAACAUAGAAUAGACAGAAAGCAGGAGUUCACAUGUGUGGCAGGUAAUCCCAAUGGUCAGUGUAUAGCCACUGGCUGUAAUGAUGGCAAAAUAUUUCUUUGGUAUAACUUUCUGUCUGAAGAUCGAGCAGUUAAAACUGUACUUCAUUGGCAUUCAUUGGCAUUAAGGGAAUUGUGUUACACGCAAGAUGGUUCGUACCUUCUGAGUGGAGGUCACGAGUGCGUGCUAGUGAAAUGGCAUCCCGAGUCCUCGUACAAGGACUACAUGCCGAGGCUUGGUGCUCCUCUCAACCAUAUUGUCUGCUCCCCAAAUAAUCUUCUAUAUGCUACAUGCCUAAAUGAUAAUGUCAUCCAGCUUGUGACAAGUAAUUUUGACAUUCAGAAUGUCUAUCAGGGACUGACCAGGAGCCCUCAUGUAAGCAACACGUCAAACCCAUUCCCAGCAGGUGUGACCUAUGACCCGCGAUCAGAAGCCCUGGUACUCAAUGGAAAGCCUGGACACAUACAAUUCUAUUCAGUGCAAGAGGACAAACAACUAUAUAAUCUAGACAUUGUGUGUCAGAAUUAUAUUUCGCCAGAGAAUCUAAACACACCUUUGGAAGUAACUGAGGUUAUACAGGCCAGCUUUGAUAGCAAUGGAGAGUGGCUAGCAACCAUAGAAUACUGGAAUGAUGGGGUCAUGACCCCUGAGAUGAGGUUAAAAUUCUGGCAGUUUAAUACAGAGAAACAGAGUUUUGUUCUAAAUACGUCUGUGGAAAUGCCGCAUGAAGAUACAGUGCACUCCCUCGUAUUCAGGCCUGUUUCCUCCACGUCAACACCAGGCAUGCAGCAUAUGGCAGUCACAUCCAGCAGUGACGGAAAAUUCAAAAUCUGGGCUUUGGUUGAUGACACUGACAUAUACAGAAGCAAUAGGAAAUGGACCUGCGAGUCAGUUGGGUUUUACCGGAACUUGCCAGCUGGGAAAGCAGCGUUUUCUGAGGAUGGUUCCCUGCUUGCUGUGUUGUUUGGUUCCUGUAUAACAGUUUGGAAUCCAGAAAAUAAUCUAUUCAAAGUGGCGUUACAUAAUACAAUGCUCCAAGACACUGUCAAACAUGUUGUAUUUGGGAACCAUGGAAGCAGUCACUGUCUAGUUAGUACAACAGAGAAAACUCUGACAGUCUGGAGUCUUAUAUCUUGCUCAGUGUUAUGGAGUGCAUCAACACAGAUAGUUUGUCUGACAAAGGACCCGUUAACAGACAUUGUGGCUGCCUUCACAUCAUCAAGGGAUUUGUUUGUGUUUAGACCCAUUGAUCCAACACCUCUCUUCUCCCAUGCUGAAGUUAGUGAUAGUACCAUACUCAGUGCAGCAUUUGUACCUCACUCAAAGAAGAGCUUGUAUGAAAAGACAACUCUGUCAUGGCAGUCACAAUCAGAGUUAUAUUUCUUGAACAAAGACCAAGAACUUUUGGCAGUGUCCAUGGAAACAGAUAGAAAAUUGGCAAAGAAGAAGGAAGAUGUUGUUUCAUUUGAGCAGAACUUGCCACAGUCAGCCCUUAGUUUAUUGAUGUCGCACCAUAGCAACAAGCUUAGACCACAUUCUUCAUUAAACAAAGUUGCUAGGCAACCAGACGGAAAAUUUAUGAAAGAGAUGUUCAGUUCAGCACCACAUGUUCAACCAUCAGUGACCACUCUAUGUCAACCAUUUAUUCAGUCUCUGAUGAUACUUUCAGAAGAAAGACGUAAACAAGGACAAAAUGACAGUGAUGAUGAUGACUUAUCAGAAGAGGAAGAUGAUAUUAGACCCUAUCAGACUGUGUCUCUAGAUUCUGGUCUGGAAUCUGAUAUGGAAGUUGACACAGUUGAUACACAGUCUGUUGAAGUUAUAAAUAACAGCAAAUUACAGACUGAAAGUGACUCUGAUGAAAAUGAGGCAGCAGUUUUAAUAAAGAAAAAGACAAAAAAUAAAUUGAGAAACGAAACAACUGUAACAGCAAUUUGUGAAAAAUUGGACAAAGUAAAAAUGUUUGAAGAAAAAGUGACUGAUGAAGAUCUUCAAGAAAUAUUUACUCAAGAUUACAGUUGGUUUUCCUCUUCAUCUAAAACAUAAUUAUAUACUUUGAGAUGUUGAAGAUUUAUACACACCAUAUUAAAGAUUAAAAAAAAGUAUACUUCUUUUAUAUGUUAUACAUAUCA